GGGGACGUGAGGAGAUCAGUGUGAGAGCCCCAGACUUCAAAACUUCAAAAUCUGAUCCCCUGCUGAAUAUUUCCCUUACGCUUUCGCUUUCAGAAAUCAUGAGGUCCAAUGGAUUCUGCUUAGCAAACACGGAAACAAUCGUUAUUGACCACAGUAUACCAAACGGAAAAGACCAGCACGCAGCUGUGGACCCCUCGGAGCACCUGUUUGAGAACGGCGGUGAGUUCGCCUCCGAGCUGGAGGGUGGGGAUGACCCAGCAGCUUAUGUCACCAACCUGUCCUAUUACCACCUGGUGCCUUUCGAGACGGACAUUCUGGACUGAGUCUCCGCUGGGCCCCUCCUCCCCCGGCUGGUGACCGUGGCUCCGCUGAAGUCCGUCACGCCAGGGACCAGGCCUACCCAGCCGCCCGCGCCCACGGAGACCCUGAGUCUCCGACAACCAGGAGUCGGGUUACGGGGGUCCGGUGCCCCUGCUGCUUCUAGGGGUCUUCCUGGCCUGCGUAUGCACCCCCGGGACACACCCCCUCCACGCCUGGAGGGGCCACAAGUGCCUGCAGGACGUCCCGAGCCGGGUCUGGACACCUGCUCCUCCCCCCACGUUUCCUCCCCCCACAAGCACACAGGACAUUUUGCGUGGCAUCUUGGUGAGUCACCGAGUUCUGGACAACACAGGCAGGUGUGUUCUGUCAUCCAGGAUUUCCCUCGAAACCAGGAUGUGCAGCUUCCAUUCCUGUUUUUUAUCUUCUAUCCAGAAACUAUGGGCUUCAUGUCAGCCAAGGGAGUGUUUGCGGAAGGUUGGUCGUGAAUGGGGUUUUGGCUGCGGGCAUAGGGGAACCACUGGCUGGUGCCCUUGUGAUGAACUCUUGAGUGGUGACAAUUCUCCCGAGAGGAAGGAGUCCCCACCUGGGCUCCUACGAGGGGUGACAGCGCAGUAACCCCUGGGCGGCUGAGGGUCCCCCUUCCUGCCGGCCACCAAGAUCUCAGUGAUCUACUUGCCAUAUCAACCUGAGUGGACGGGAAUCAGGAGGUCACCGAGUGCCCCCAACGAGACUCCCUUUGCCUUCGGGGAGGGUCUGGGCCCCGCGUGUUCAUCUCCUCACAGAGAAUACUAACGACCAGAAUUUCUCGUGUAAAUAAUAGUAAAUUAUUGAGAAUCCUAAUUCUUUUACACAGUCUGUUUUUUAAUCUAUUUUAAUUAAAUAAAACACAUUACUCUACUUCUCUUGGUUUAAGGUGUGGCUCUUGUUACCCCUGCCCCACACGCUGCGCCUCCAGGCUGCCCCCAGCACUCCCGUCUCAUUGUCCUUUAGGAAAUGUGCUGUUCUCACCCUGGGGGAUGAUCUGUCCAAACUGGAAAGUAAACAGAGUGUUCUUUUGAGUUAGGGUUUCCCCUUUCUCCAAGCUCCGCGCCGGCAGCCACGGGGAGCCUCCUGGAACCCAGCUGCGCACAGAUGGGCUUCCCGUGGCUUUUGCAUCUCCCUCUGCUUCAGGCUGUGCUUGGUUGGGAGCAGCCUGCUUCCAAACAGGCUGUCAGGCGGCCGGUGGGGUCGACCAGUUGUCUUCUUCUCUUGGGGGUAAAAUUCAGGUCUGUACAGGACGGGGCCUCUUGCCUGGCAGGGUUAGAAUCAAUCACAGCUAGCCACCUUCCAAGUUCCAAUCACUGAUUCCUGGGUUUUCCUCGUUAUCCACAUUCUGCAGGGGACUUCUCCCCAGCUCUGGGGCCACAGUGAUGGCAGCUCCCGGACUCAUCUGCUCACGGGGCCUGUGUUAACCCCUCACGGCCCAGCUUGGCCCCCCACCUCCAGCUUUCAUGCAAGAAGCUUCACUGUUUCCAGUCAGUGCACG